GAAACUGCCCGUGGCUCUGUCCCAGGCACUGGAGCAUUGUCCUUCUCUGUGUUAAUGGCUUUUGUCUCUGUUCCAUACAGCAAAUCCGUGCAGAACAAAGUGGACUCCAUUCUGCAAGAUGUGCAGAAAUUCUCCGACAACGACAAGCUCUACCUCUACCUCCAGCUGCCACCUGGGCCAACCCUGGGGGAGAAAAGCAGUGGUAGCCUGGAUGUGAGCUCGCUGAGCACAGCUGAGCACAUGCAUGCUUGCAACUGGAUCCGGAAUCACCUGGAGGAACACACAGGCACCUGCCUGCCCAAGCAGGACGUCUACGAUGCCUACAAGCAAUAUUGCGAUAACCUCUGCUGUCGCCCUCUCAGCGCUGCCAAUUUUGGGAAGAUCAUCCGGGAGAUCUUCCCAAACAUCAAAGCCAGAAGACUGGGAGGCCGAGGGCAAUCAAAAUACUGCUACAGCGGGAUCCGGAGGAAGACAGUGGUGAGCCUGCCUCCCCUGCCUAGUCUGGAUCUCAAAGUGACAGAGACUCAGUCAGAGCUGACGGACCUGGUGCAGUCCUACAACAGUGAGGUGAUGGAGGCAGCCUGUGCCCUGACCUGCGACUGGGCUGAGAAGAUCCUCAAACGCUCGUUCAACAACAUAGUGGAAGUAGCACAGUUCCUUAUCCAGCAGCACAUAAUCAGCGCCCGCUCAGCCGGUGCCGACCUCAUCAUGGCCAUGGCGGUCUCAGAAGGCACAGAGAAGAUCCGCCGUGAUGGUCAGUCUCCGCUGACAGCGAGGAAGAACAGCCUGGAAACGUUGGAGAGCAGCGACAGGAGCCAGGGCCAGAACAAGAAGGAGAGUGGCUCCAAGCCUUCUGUCCUGCCUCAGUCUGAGAAGAAAAAACCCCCUGAGAUGCCCAAGCCCGUGAGUAGCCCCCAAGUGAACGCCCGGGUCGCCCGCCUGCCGCUGCUGCUGCCCCGAGAGAGCCCGGGUCCUGGCCCGCACAUCACGCAGCGCCCCAAGGCCACCAAGCAUCCCCUGGAGCCACCUGGAGAUGCACCCAAACGGCGGCGCGGGCGCCCACGCAAGAAGGCGGAUGAGGUGGGCGGCUGGUUCCCCGAGGAGGCUCCAGCAGGUGCCAAGGAGGCAGCAGGAGAGGGUGACCUGCUCGGCUCCGUGGACGGGGCCGCGCCAGAGCGGGCUGUGGUGCGAGGCUGGGACGAUGCAGCCGCAGAGACAGGAGCCAAUGGCCAUGAGGCUUCUCCGGAGUGUGAGAGCUGCGUGUCUGGUGAGGCUCCGGCCCCCCGCCACGGUGGGGACGGCCCUGUGGCAGCCUCUGUGCCCUGCCAG